AUGGAACGACUCCAUGAUAAGCUGCGACAGGAACGGACCCACGACCAGCCGAUCCUCAACCGGUGUGACUUUGACAUAGUCGAAAGGUACGCGGAUUCUUCGAGCGAGGAAGAGAGUGGUCACGAGGAGGAGCAACGCCCAGGUCAAGAACAACACGGAGCCGAAGAACAACAUGGAGCCGAAGAACAACACGGAGCCGAAGAACAACAGCGUCAUGAGGAACAAGAACCGACUGGCAAGGCCAGCCAGACGGGAGAUUCCCCGAGGCUGAGUUUCCCACCAGCUCUGCACCGGAGCGUGUUGAACUUGCAAAAAGACGACCUGGAGGAGAGACUAAACCUCUAUAAAAUAUAUGGCACGGUUGAUGCGGCAAGUGCGGUCAAGAUUGUCAGUGGCUCCAACCCUUACAACCCUGCUAGUGUCGCCCAUCUUACCGAUGGGGGGAGUCAUGAAGACGGAAGGAGGGAACCGAACAAAUGCGAAAAGGUGAACCAUGACCAUGUUAACAAAGGACGGAAGAAUGAAGUGAAGGAGAAACACCAAUUGACCUUCCAAAUGAACCAAAACGAAGUAGCAAAACUGCAGUGGACAAACCCAGUGAGCGAUGAAGAGGUAAGAGAAAUAAAGAGUUUUAGUGAAAUCAAAUUACAUGAAGUACGCUUCGAUUUUGAAGGAAAAUUAAGAAUACAAAUAAACGAAACGGAAUUGAACAAAAAAAAAAAAAAAAAUAUAUUCAACCAUUUUGAUGGACUAUAUCACCACAACGACGAACCACUUAAUAGUGGCUACACCUUUCCAGAAAUGAUUUUUCUGUGUCAAAGUUCAAAUAGCAGUCAAGUCUGUAUAUCUCUGAAAAUUAUGACCAAUGUGUUCAUAAACUCUCAUUUACGAUCUUUCCGCUUUGAUGAAGACUUAACAUCCGACUUUUACGGAGAGAAUAAUGCCCUCCGGAGAAAGGACAAAUAUUCCUUUGGGUUCACCUACAGAAGAUUUUUCAGCUACCUGAACAAUGACUUAAACCUAUUUGAAAAAAUCAUUUUCUUGAUUAGGCACUGCAGGAACAGGAACAUAGAAAUAAAUUCUGUGCACUGUUUGGCUAGCUAUACCUUCCCAAACAAUGUUUCCUCUUUAAGGGAGGAUGUGGUAUUUGAUUACUGGGGGGAGAGGGACUUCCCCAUACUCAGAUUCUUUCACGACUACGAGGCGUUUUCCUACGAAGACUUUUUUAGCGACGGAUCCUUUCUCUUUGAAGGGUGCAACAUCUAUUUUUACGAUACGCGUAAAGGUGGGUUAGAUAAAUUACGCCCUAAUGCACAUGCUGAUGAAUAUAUGAACAAAUUUUCAGAAGAAUACGCCCAGGGGAGUAGGCCCCCGGGUGAAGUGAAACUGGGCGGCGAGGAGACGGGACACUCGCAAAACGAAUCUUCCCCGUAUGGAGGAAAUGACUGGACCGAAGUAGCCAAAAAGUUAAAAAUGGGGGACGUAGCAAAAAAGGAAAAACAGUCAAACGUGAUGAUAACAGAAGUGGCAAUAGAGGAAGAGCUCAUCGCCCACCUCAAACCGCUUAGCAGCAUCACAGACGACCUACAAGAAAUGCAAAAGAUAAAUGUUAAAAUGGUUCAUCUCAGAGGUUCUGAACGAUAUGCACAUGAGGAUGUCCUCACCAAUGUGAGCACUAUUCUACAGAACAAUUUCGGCGUGGUCCAAGUGGAAAACAGUUGUGUAUGCCUUUUAAUAGGUCUACUGUCCAGAUGCAGACAACAAGUAAACCUACUAACUUGUACAGACCUGAUAGCGAACUUAGAAAAAAUAUACGAAUCGAAGAUAAUAGGAAGCGAGUUGAACAAAGAGAGAGAAAAUAUACAAAUGAACCAAACGGAUUAUAUCGAAACGAAUUUCACAUACAACUUAAUAACUCUGAUAAAGUAUGUCAUCAUAUACAAUUACGAUAAGAACCUUUUGGAAAAAUUUAAAGUCCUUUCGUUUUUAUUAUUCUACAGAAGCCUUCCUUUUAUUCGAAAUGCUGAAGACAGAAAAGAGGUCUUUUUCUUGGGAAGCGAAGUUUUGAAGAUAUUUAGACUGCUACUUUUUUGCAACCUAUACAUAGAACCCGUUGACUAUUUUCAUGAUCUAAUUAAUCAUCUGCACAGAAAGGGAAUCCAUGAUGAUCAUGGCAUUUACAAAAGGUUUCUUUCACAAGUGUAUUUGUAUUUAGCCACGUACAACAUUGUGGGGAGGAGUGUGGACUUGUCAGGAUUCCUGUACACAAAUAAAAUUAUAAACACGCUGGAGAUUCAGGUGAAAACUCUUUUUCGCCACGAGGCGAUGAAGGGAGAAGUCGAUAUUCCAACUGCUCAUGUGACAAAUGUUGACGUGACAAAUGUUGACGGUCCAGUCAAAAUUGUCGACAGGCAAAAGAACAAAUGGGACUUCGCCCACUUGUGCAACCUACAGUUAAUUCACCAGUGUGGAGUUUACCUUUUUUCUGUUUUCUGGUCCAUAAGGAGGAAACGCCUAAUUCGGGAAAAGUGCGUUGAACCCCAUAAUGUGGAGGCUCUGCUGAAAACGCUCCAGGUGGUGCUUCGAGCGGUUAUCUGUCAGUUUCACGACCUGUUGGAAGCUUACACUGAGGAGCCGCAGAAGCAACCAAUGGCCAAGCAACCAAUGGCCAAGCAACCAAUGACCGAGCAACCAAUGACCAAGCAACCAAUGACCGAGCAACCAAUGACCAAGCAACUGCCCAAGUGCACUGGCUAUGCGAACAUCAUGCAGAAAAUUAUUCGCCGCAUGAUGGACGGCCCCCUCCCCUUCAACUACGUGAUUUACAACAACCAAAUGGAUUGGCAUUGCUUCUUCAUCAUUCUUCUCCAAAUAUUGAACAUAAUUUUGCGCAUCGUUCUGGAGCUUCCAUUGUUCUCUCGUGACAAAGGGGACUACACAACAGUUAAUUCCUUCAAACGCAUUGCCCAAGAUAUUAUUACGUUUGAAGAGGACACACUAACACACUUCAAAAAGAACAUUUUUUACAUGGAACAUGUGCAAGACUCCUAUAACCUUUUUUUACCACUGUCAUACCUUUUUUACAACGUUCACAGCUUUAAGAGAAGAACCCACCUCAUGUGUAGUCCAUCUGAUCAGUCUGAUAAAGACACUGUGGAGAGACUGCUAUACUCCCUGAGUUUUUGUUCAUCUGUUCCCUUAAGCUACUUCUCUUUGAGGGCAAUUUUGACGACCUCCCCUGAAAGAAAUAUCAGCCCAGGGGGUGAAACAGACGAGGCCAUUUUUUCUUCACAAAACUCUGAUCAUUCCGCGCAGGCUUCCUCUGUGGAAAUGCGCACUUCCCGUAAAAUAUCGAAUGAGUGUAAUCAAAGAAUUAUCGAGGAGACCCCUUCAACCAGUCGUGACCACGUAGACAUUCCGAAGAACAUCAUACUUUUCCUAAGGAAGUACAUCAAGGGGAAAUUUCUGCUUUACCACAGCAAGAAAAAUAUUUUCCUGCUUCUACUUAAGAAUAUAUUUAGGGAGUGUAAUCGUAAAUGCGAGGAACAAGAAUCUAUGGAAUUUUCGCACGAGGGGGAAGUCACCAAGAGAAAGGAGACACUUGUCCAUUCAGUUUUCAAAUUUUUACUGAACAAACACAUCGUCAAUUUUAUAGGAGAGCACAUGGAUGUAUCCAUUUUUUUUAAAUACUUUAUUCAAAUUUUUAUCGCCAAUGAGGGAAAAUGCAUUGGAGACUCCCUGGGUGAGAGGAUGGAAAUUUAUUCGCACUUGGUGCGCAUAGCGGAGGAGUACAUUUUUAAGCGGGUGGCCUGUACAGACAGCGAGGGGGACCACCCCCUCCUCGUACACCAUGUACACCGUGUUGUCACUGAUUUUGGUAAGGACGAUCAUCACAAUGAUGGUAACUGCGAAAAUGCUAACCCGGAGGAUGGUCCAGGCUCGCACCCGCUGGACAUACACGUGAAGCGCUUACUAGAAACAAACGGAAGAAACAUAAAAGCCAGCACUUGGCAAAAAAGAAUACAGAUCAGUACCCAGCUCUCUGUGGCUAUAUUUGAAAAAAUUAUUGAGUCUUUUAAAAUGGCAUAUUUCUUCAGCCCCCUGAUGUUGGCAAUUUUAUUUUUCCUUUCGUCCACGUCCUUUCCAGAGGAAUGUCGAAAUGUGUUUUACAGAGACACAGAUUUGUUAAAAAUUUUGUCAAAAAACGUAUUCAUUCGUUUUUCUGAUGAUGGGGAGAAGUACAUCGUUUUUACUACGUCUACGUGCUAUGGGAGGGUAGAAACAAAUUUUUUAAUUGAUCUGACAUCCCUUUUCCCUUCCAUUUUUUCCCUCAUGUUAGACGACUCACAUGCGGACUGGUUCGCUCCCAGUAUGCACAGCUACUUCGGAUCUCUGCGCACAAAGUAUCCCUACCCCAGUUUGUUACACUUCCUCUUUUACGUUAGUACAAACGGGAGGUGA